AUGCGUGACUCAAAUUAUAAGUCUAUCUCGGCUAAUAAGGCGGCUGUCACUAUCACAAGUAGUUUAUAUGAUAGAAGGGCGUUGGAUGUAACUUCUGAUAAACCAUUGGUUAAUUCAUUAAACUAUUUAACAUAUCUUGUAUCUUCACUGGCAAAAGUAAGAGAAACUUUAUCCAUAGAUGGUGGUAUAGAAAGACUUAUUGAGAUCUUACAUGAAUGUCAUAACUCAACCUUUAAUGCAUCAGAUAAUAUAUUUAAUAGUGAAAAGAAAUUGUUAACGGCUUGGAAAUGGACUUUAGCAUUUCAAUGUUUAGUAUUAGUAGGAACUAGAGGUACAGAAAAGAUAAGACAGAAGGUGGUAAAAGCUGGUAUUUUACCCAUAAUAGCAACUGUUUUAGAUAAUUACCUUUCUAUUCAUGAAAGAACUUUUAUUCAUGCCAAUUCAAGAACUCAACAACAACAGCCACAUCAACAACAGCAGCUGCAACAACAAUCACAACAAUUACAACCUCAACAGAUCCAGCAACAACCACAAAUGGCUCCUCAUCAACAAUUUUUGCAACAUCAAGGUGUAGAGCCAAUCAACUUAUUAGGACAACAACAAAUUCCAGUUCCAGGUCAAGCACCACUUCAAAAUGAUGUUCAAAUCCCAUUUGAUAUCUCAACUGCAGGAAAUUGGAACAGAGCUCAAGGCGAUCCUGAAGUUGCUAAUACCGAAACAAGAUAUCCAUUCGAUUUAAAUGUAAUGCAGGUUCCAUUACAACUUGCUGCCAAUAGCUUGGAUCAAUCUAUGCUUCGACAAAAUCCAUAUCUUGCAUAUUUCAAUGGUAGUUUACCAAACAGUUUAACCAGUGAUGACUAUGAAAAUUUAACUAUUGAUCAAUUAGUGCGAUUAACAAGAUCAAACAAUUUUGCUCCUUAUAAAAUCGGUAGUUCUACCAAUCAAACCAAAAGUACUACGGUUAAUAAUGAUAUUAGAAGAAAAUAUGUAAUUGCCAAUCUUUUAAAGAAAUUAAGAGAAGAAAAAGAAAAUGAACUUGUUGAUGAUUCAUUUUUAAAUGAUUCCGAUUAUGAAAUGGAUAAUAAUUUAAGAUUCCUUUCUGAUUUAUACAUUCAAGAUAUUGAAGCCAAUAAAACAAUGUACAGUAGCAAAAUUGCCGUGAGGAAUUUUACAGAUACUGGUGUUGUUAUACCAAGAGAUGACGAUAUUGUAUGGUCAUUACAACUUUUAGCAUAUAUUUCCAAAUAUCCUUAUUUGAAAGAUGUUUUACAAAAUACUCAUUAUAUAGUUGAUAUGAGUAUAAGGGAUAAACAAUUAAAACUUUAUUUACAAAAACAAAUGAAAUUAAAAUUAAAGAAAAGUUUGGAAGUAAACCUUAGACCAACCAUAACUCCCAAAUCAAGAAAAACAAAGACUACAUAUAUCGAAAGAUUCAAUCCAUCUCCAUCUAAUUCACCUCAAAUGUUAAAUGAUAUAAAUACCAUUCAUGAUGAUAAUUUCUUAUUAGAGGAAGAUAAAUUUGAAUUAGGUAAUAAAGCAGAAGAAUCAGGCUUAACCGAAACUGCUGAAAUCGAAGAUGAAGAAGAUGAGAGUGAAGAAUUUGAAGAGGAUGAUGAUUCAUCAGACAAGAGUGAUAGUGAUAUUAUUCUUGAUAAAGAGUCGAAUUUAAUUAACGAGGUCAUUAGUAAUAAUUCUAAUACUUUGGCUAAACUUUAUGAAUCUGUGAUAGACUGUGAAGCUAUUGCUGAUGAAGUUGAACGAGAAAUUGCCUUAUGUCAGAUCAAUGAUAAAAUUAAUUCAUUUAUUGAAUUGGAAAGUAAAAAAUUGGUGAAUUCUAUCAUAUCCAAGAGGAAUGAAGCUAAAGAAUUCUUAACUAAAAAAUGGAGUUAUGAUGAUUAUGAACAUUUUGAUGUUGACGAAGAUCAUGAAGAUUUGGAUCCUUCAUUGACUGAAUUUAGAAAGGCUAAUUUAUUCCCUAUAGUGGAAAAGUUUACUUUCUUAGCUGGAACUGAUAUGUAUUAUUGGUCAGGAGUUAUAAUGAGGAAUUCAUGUCGUAGGAAUGAAUUAAGAGGAGGUGUAAGACAAUGUGGUAAUCUAGAAUGUGGUAAAUGGGAACAAUCACCUCGUGAAUUUCUGAAAUGUAGACGAUGCAAGAGAACUAAAUAUUGUUCUAGAGAAUGUCAAAUGAAGGCAUGGCAUUGUCAUAGAAAUUGGUGUAUACCUAGUACUUCUAGUACAGGAACUAGUACCACUGCUGCUACUGGACAAGUCCACACUCAUCAAUCAGCUGGUUCGGCUUUAAUAGAACCAGGUAGAGAUGGAAUAGUUGUGGGAGCUGGAGUCGGAGUUGGAGUGAAUGAUGCUGAAGGUGUAGAAGAAGAUCAUGAAAGUCAACAUGAUCAUGAUCACGAACAUGACCAUGAACUGACAUGA